AUGACAAGAACUCAUUACUCGCCAAACAAGACGCUCGUUCCCCACCGCCUCCAUCAGCCCAGUGCUCCACCCACCGCUCCACCCGCCUCCAUCAGCCCAGUGCUCCACCCGCCUCCAGCAGCCCGCCGCUCCACCCACCGCUCCUCCCGCCUCCAUCAGCCCAGUGCUCCACCCGCCUCCAUCAGCCCAGUGCUCCACCCGCCUCCAUCAGCCCACCUCUCCACCCGCCGCUCCACCCACCUCUCCACCCGCCUCCAUCAGCCCAGUGCUCCACCCGCCUCCAUCAGCCCACCUCUCCACCCGCCUCCAUCAGCCCACCUCUCCACCCGCCUCCAUCAGCCCAGUGCUCCACCCGCCUCCAUCAGCCCACCUCUCCACCCGCCUCCAUCAGCCCACCUCUCCACCCGCCUCCAUCAGCCCAGUGCUCCACCCGCCUCCAUCAGCCCAUCUCUCCACCCGCCUCCAUCAGCCCAGUGCUCCACCCAUCUCUCCAACCGCCUCCAUCAGCCCACCGCUCCACCCGCCUCCAUCCUCCAUCAGCCCACUGCUCCACCCGCCUCCAUCAGCCCACCGCUCCACCCGCCUCCAUCAGCCCAGUGCUCCACCCGCCUCCAUCAGCUCACCGCUCCACCCGCCUCCAUCAGCUCACCGCUCCACCCGCCUCCAUCAGCAAACCGCUCCACCCACCGCUCCACCCGCCUCCAUCCUCCAUCAGCCCACCACUCCACCCGCCUCCAUCAGCCCACUGCUCCACCCGCCUCCAUCCUCCAUCAGCCCACCGCUCCACCCGCCUCCAUCAGUGCUGUAUUUGUCAGUAAAAUUGACCUGCUGAAGGGUUACUGGCAAAUUCCGCUGGCCCCUCGUGCCAAAGAGAUCUCGGCCUUUGUGACGCCAGAUUACUUCCUGCAGUACACCGCCAUGGCUUUCGGCCUUCGUAACGCCGCCGCCACUUUUCAGAGGCUCAUCAACGGCGUUCUUGAUGGCGUGCCAAACUGCGAAGCCUAUCUUGAUGAUUUGGUGAUUUAUAGCGCCACCUGGCCUUCACAUAUGGCCCACCUCUCCACUGUGUUCCAGCGGUUGUCAGAAGCGAAUUUAACCAUCAACCUGGCUAAAUGCGAGUUUGGCCAGGCGACCGUGGUAUAUCUGGGUAAAGUCGUUGGCCGCGGGCAGCGCACUGCACUGUGGUGCACAAGUCCACGGCCACCUGCAACACAAGUCCACGGACCACGGCCACCUCCAACACAACACAAGUCCACGGCCACCUCCAGCACAACACAAGUCCACGGCCACCUCCAACACAACACAAGUCCACGGCCACCUCCAGCACAACACAAGUCCACGGCCACCUCCAACACAAGUCCACGGCCACCUCCAGCACAACACAAGUCCACGGCCACCUCCAGCACAACACAAGUCCACGGCCACCUCCAACACAACACAAGUCCACGCCACCUCCAACACAAGUCCACGGCCACCUCCAACACAACACAAGUCCACGGCCACCUCCAACACAACACAAGUCCACGGCCACCUCCAGCACAACACAAGUCCACGGCCACCUCCAACACAACACAAGUCCACGCCACCUCCAACACAACACAAGUCCACGGCCACCUCCAACACAAGUCCACGGCCACCUCCAACACAGCACAAGUCCACGGCCACCUCCAGCACAAGUCCACGGCCACCUCCAACACAAGUCCACGGCCACCUCCAGCACAACACAAGUCCACGGCCACCUCCAACACAACACAAGUCCACGCCACCUCCAACACAACACAAGUCCACGGCCACCUCCAACACAAGUCCACGGCCACCUCCAACACAGCACAAGUCCACGGCCACCUCCAACACAAGUCCACGGCCACCUCCAACACAGCACAAGUCCACGGCCACCUCCAGCACAAGUCCACGGCCACCUCCAACACAACACAAGUCCACGGCCACCUCCAGCACAACACAAGUCCACGGCCACCUCCAACACAACACAAGUCCACGGCCACCUCCAACACAAGCGUGUGUUGUGUUGCUCUGGUGUGGGGCGUGUGUUGUGAUGCUCUGGUGUGGGCUCUGGUGUGA